ACAAGUUGGGCACCGAGUGACAGCAGUAGCUUUGUGUCCUAGGAGCCGUAGAGAGGACUUUGUCACCGGGGACCAGGAAGCCUUAAUGGGCGUGGCAGAGGCAGUGAAGACCCUCACCUGGAAGAAGAGUCCGCUCCGUGUGGGUUUCCGCCCUGCCAGAACAUCUCCGUAAGCUUUUCCUGGCUCCUUGGAGUAGCCAGAAGUGGAUUCCAUCAUGGCGGAACUCAAGGUGGAGACCCGAGCCAGCGUGGAUUGGCAGAAGCGCUGCCUGGCCUUGGAAACCCAGCUCUUCCGGUUCCGCCUGCAGGCCAGCAAGAUCAGGGAGCUGCUGGCUGACAAGAAUUGCCAUUCUGGACAUGGAGUGAUCUGUGUUACAAAGCAAAAACAGUUUUUAGAGAAAAGAUGUCAAGACUACCAUAUAAUCCCUCACCUAAGGGUGACAGAGGAAAUGAAGGUGGGGAGAGGAAACAGUACCAGACCUUAUUUCUGCUCUCACACCUCACCAGGCCUGGUGUGCCAUUGCCAUGGACUCCCAGACUGCCAGGACCACGCAUUCUGCAGCCAGAUGCAGGAGCUGGAGCAGAGGCUGCUGGAGGCAGAGCAGAGAGCAGAGAAUGCGGAGACCCAGGUGGGUGUGAUGGAGGAGAAGGUGAAACUGUCCAAUCUGAAGAAUGUGGACUCAGCAGGCAGCCUGCACCGGAAGUACCAGGAAUUGCUGAAAGCCAUGCAGAGCAAAGAUGAGCUCAUCAGCCAGCUUGAGGUACAGCUGGAGAAGCAGAAGCAGAUGAGAGCUGAAGAAGCCAAAGUUGUCCAAGAAAAAGCUGCAAAGAUCAAAGAAUGGGUGACCCUGAAGUUAGCAGAGCUUGAGAUGGAGAAUCAGCACCUGAGGAGCAGUAAUCAGCACCUGGUGGAGCAGGUGGGAGCCCUCCAGGGUGCUCUAGAAGCUCUUCAGAUGCCACCUUCCAGAAAGCUGUUGCUGACCCCACAGGAAACCCCAGAGCAGGAUUCUGGCUCUUCAGGACCAGGGACCCUGCCAACAGGGCAGGACCAUGGUCCUCAAGCCCCGGGUACCCUGGAGGCAGCUGUGCCUGCCCCUUCUGCGGGUGCUCUGCAAAGCAAGGACUGUGUUCCUAAAGCAGGACUUUCCUUGGAGGAUUCGAGUUCCAUCAUGGUUCAUCCUGGAGAAAUAUCAGAAGCCAAGACCUUUCCACCUUGCCUGAGAAGAGAGAGUUCUCCCCGCCAGCUGUGCAUGUCUCGUACCCACAGACAUGGUUCUGCUUCCUGGGGUGAGGGCCUGGUCAUUGCUCAGGGUGGGACACUCCCUGGGACAAAGAAUUCUGCCAGGGAAGGUGGUCCGGGCUGCAGCCUGACUCUCCCGAAGGCACGGGCCCCCACCACCCCCCGGGACAGCAUCCAACUGGCCAAGCGGCACCACAGCCAGCCCCAGGUGGGCCCUGGGCCCUUCAAGCACUUGGUGAGCAUUGAGAUUGGGACCCUCUCAGCCCUCCACCCCUCCAGCCUUCCUGAUGUGGAGGCCCGAACUGAGCUCCGGGAGGAACCAGAAAACAUGGAGAUGGAGGAACAACCCCCAGCCAGGAAGAAAGAGGAAAGAAAGAGCCUGAAGGCCCCUGGAGCUGAGCUGGAGGAAGUGGAUUUGGGCAACAAACCCCCCACACCCCCUCUGCACCGGUUUCCAUCCUGGGAGAGCCGGAUCUAUGCGGUGGCUAUGGCUGGCAUGCGGCUCUCGGAUGCAUCUCCCAGAACUAUUGCCACCUGUUGCGCUUCAAGCCCUCCUGCCCUUGCGUCCCCUGGGCCUUUCUCUGGCCUUGUCUACAAGAAUGUCACUGUGCCUGUCUACACGGCCCUGAAGGGGAGAGCCACGCAGAUCAGCACCGUGCCCUUUGUGGACGAGUCCUCUGGGUCUGACGAUGACUGCAGCUCUCAGGCGAGUUUCCGAACUUCUGUCCCCUGCUCCGAGUCCAGGAAGACCAGUGGACUGGGCAGCCCCCGGGCCAUCAAGAGAGGCGUCUCCAUGUCCUCGCUGAGCUCUGAGGGCGACUACGCCAUCCCCCCAGACGCCUGCUCGCUGGACGGUGACUACUCAGAGCCUGAGCACAAACUACAGCGCACCUCGUCCUUCUCCACCGAGGGGCUGGGCCUGGCCGGGGAGUCACUGGAGAAGUCGGGCUACCUGCUGAAAAUGGGGAGCCGAGUGAAGACGUGGAAGAGGCGCUGGUUUGUCCUGAGACAGGGACAGAUUAUGUACUACAAGUCCCCGAGCGAUGUCAUCCGGAAACCUCAGGGUCAAGUGGAACUGAAUUCCCGUUGCCAAAUUGUUCGAGGGGAGGGUACACAGACCUUCCAGCUUAUCUCUGAGAAGAAAACCUAUUACCUGACGGCUGACUCACCCAGCCUGCUGGAGGAGUGGAUCCGAGUACUGCAGAGCCUGCUGAAGGUCCAGGCCAUUGGUCCUCCGGCCCUGCCGAAGGGUGGCAUCAAGCCCACUGUGAAGGGCUGGCUGACUAAGGUAAAACAUGGCCACUCCAAGCUGGUCUGGUGUGCUCUUGUUGGGAGAACCUUCUACUACUAUCGGAGCCAUGAGGACAAGCGACCCCUGGGCCAUCUGCCAGUACGGGAUGCACGCAUAGAGGAAGUAGAUCGAUCCUGUGACUCAGACGAGGACUAUGAGGCUGGAGGAACCAGACGGUUGCUUUCGUCCCACUGUACCUUGGUGAUUCACCCCCCAGAGCACAGCCCCACCUACCUCCUUAUUGGCACCAAGCAUGAAAAGGACACGUGGCUUUACCAUCUCACAGUGGCUGCAGGCGGCAGCAGCGCCCAGGUUGGCACUGCCUAUGAGCAGCUCAUUGGAAAACUGAUGGAUGGGGAGGGAAACCCAGAUUCCCCUCUCUGGAGGCACCCCAUGCUGUGUUACAGCAAAGACGGGCUGUACACCUCCCUCACCACCCUGCCCUCCGAGGCCCUGCAGACCGAGGCUCUCAAGCUCUUCAAGUCCUGCCAGCUGUUCAUCAACGUGCCUGUGGAAGCGGCCUCCGUGGACUACCACGUGUCCCUGGCCCAGACGGCGCUGCAGGUCUGCCUGGUCCACCCCGAGCUGCAGAGCGAGAUCUACUGCCAGCUCAUGAAGCAGACCAGCUGCCGCCCACCUCAGAAGUACUCCCUCAUGCAGUGCUGGCAGCUCCUGGCUCUGUGUGCCCCACUUUUCCUGCCUCAGCACCACUUCCUCUGGUACAUCAAACAGCAGCUCCAGCGCCACGCAGAUCCCACAAACGAAACUGGCCAGUAUGCCACCUACUGCCAGCGGGCAGUGGAGCGGACCCUGCAGGCGGGGGAGCGGGAGGCCAGGCCGUCACGCAUGGAAGUGGUGUCCAUCCUGCUGCGUAACCCCUUCCACCACUCCUUGCCCUUCAGCAUCCCCGUGCACUUCGCCAACGGGACUUACCAGGUGGUCGGUUUUGACGGCUCCUCCACAGUUGAUGAGUUCCUCCAGCGUCUGAACCAAGAGACGGGCAUGAGGAAGUCCUCCCACUCUGGCUUUGCCCUCUUCACAGAUGACCCUUCUGGCAGGGACCUGGAACACUGCCUGCAGGGGAGCAUCAAGAUCUGCGAUGCCAUCUCCAAGUGGGAACAGGCCCAGAAGGAGCUGCACUCUGGAAAGGCUGAGGGUGGCACACGUGUGGUGAAGCUGAUGUACAAAAACAGGCUGUACUUUCGGAGUCAAGUCAAAGGAGAGACAGAGCGGGAGCGGCUGCUGCUUGCCUCCCAGAUCAGCGGGGAGAUAGUGGCAGGGAGGUUUCCUGUCAACAAGGAGCUGGCUCUUGAGAUGGCUGCCCUGAUGGCCCAGGUAGAAUAUGGAGACUUAGAGAGGCCCACCCCAUCGGGCCCUGGGGGCACACCCCCUGCCAAGGUUCAGCAUCACCUCCAGCAAGUCCUAGACCGGUUCUACCCAAGACGCUACAGACAUGGGGCACCCCCUGAACAGCUGAGGCACCUGGCAGAUCUGCUGACCACAAAGUGGACAGCACUGCAAGGCUGCUCCCCUCCUGAGUGCAUCCGCAUCUACCUGACAGUGGCCCGGAAAUGGCCUUUCUUUGGUGCUAAGCUUUUUGCUGCUCAGCCUGCACAGCUGUCUUCCAAGGAGAGCGCCCUGGUGUGGAUUGCUGUGAAUGAGGAUGGGGUCAGCGUCCUGGACCACAGCACGAUGCAUGUGCACGUCACUUACCCCUACUCUUCAGUAAUGACCUUUGGUGGCUGUCGGGAUGACUUCAUGCUUGUGAUUAGAUCCAUUCCGGACCAGAGCUCUGGAAAGGGCCACAUUGAGAAGUUGCUCUUCCGGAUGGCUGCUCCCAAGAUUGCGGAGGCUACCUUCAUCAUGGCCAGCUACAUGAACCAUUGCUCUCCAACUGUGAACCCACCUACCAACCCAUCUGCUGCCCGCCAGCUACAGGAACUGGACAAACAGCAGUUCUUUGCUUCUGUUCCGUGUGCUGCCAGAGGGCCAACGUUGCUGUGAAUGUUUCUCCUACCACUUUCCCCCUCUGACCACCUGGUGCCUCUGUGAUUAGAGACUGGGAUCCUGGGGUACGAUACCACUGUGAUGGCGUCUAACAGCCCUCCCCCAGCUUAUUCUGGGAAAUGUUCUUUCACUGUCCAUGAAGCCUUCAUUCUCUAGGUGCCUUAUGAUGGUUCAGGGCCCAACUUUUAAAAAUCCAGACCCAGUAUAAAAACCACUUUUUUUUCCACAAGAUUCUAGAUACAAGACUAGGAUGGUCCAUGGUUACUAGUUACUGAGGGCGUCAGUGCCAUAAGUUAAAGCUCUCUGCACUGAUACUCCCAGGAAGGAGAAUACUUUUAUAUUGUGUAUGGUCCUUAUGUGGGGAUUAAUACUUGAAGUUUUCCCAAUAUCCCUGAACAAGAUAGGACUAAAAUUUCCAAUUCAUCUGAACUGUGACAAAAGCCUAGAACUCACUAAAACUGGACUUCCCUUUCCAGGUGGUAGAGGUAUUGGCAGGGCUAGAGGGAAAGGGAUGGACUCCCCUUUCUCCUUCCCCACUGCAAAUGAGUAGGCAUGUGUGGUGCCUCUCUGGGACAGGGGCUCCUGUCUCUGCAAGACAAGGAAAAGGCAUGAGCCCUGCUGAGACUCAGGCUGUUCUCCCUCACACUGGACCGUGAGCCCAACUGGGCACACGCAAGGGCAGGGAGUAAGUCCAAUCGGACCUCUCCCUGUCUCAUUUUAGCGAGUGGACGGGGCACUGCGAAGGCCAUGCUUCCAGCUGUGGGACAGGAUGGUCACCACUGGUUUCCCUGCUCUUUGAAAAACACAAGCAAAUGCACUCUGUUUUUUGCUGCUUUGUGAGGCCAUAGAAGAUGAGUCAAAACCAGAAUCCAGGCUCGUGGGCCUGAAUUUGCUCAAGACUCCACGGCAAACUUCGGCUGGGAAUUGGUGUGGGGGCAGAGGGUACACAGGUGAUACGUGUCCUAGCCUAAAAGCACCCUGAUGAUAGAAAUAUCCCCCCAUCCCCAACUGAGGCCUUCUGUUGAGUGCAGAGAUGAUCUGCCACCCUCUCCUGACAGAAAACAGAAAGACGAAAGAGUUCGUUUAUACUCUGACUCGCUGACAUUGAAGAAGCUGAGCUUUAUUUCAUGGCUCUAAGGCAGUCCCACCAUUUGUCCAUCAAGGGCUGCAAACUGUAUGGCUUGAGCAGGAGCAUCCAAGAACCAAGUCUUUGACUUCCACAAAGUGUGUGUGUGUUGCACACUGCAAAAACUUCAAGGUUGGAACUAGUUUACCUGAACACCUCAGCUGCUGUAAGCUUCCCCCUCUCACCCUUUAAACUGACAAACAUGAUUUAAAAAAAAAAAGGAAGAAGAAGAAGCACAUCAGAGCAUCUGCCUCUUUUAAAUAAACAUGACUUCGCAAGGCUGGCACUUUUACAGCCAUAUCCCCUUUCUGUUGCUACCUUUUCCCCAGGAUAGGAGAUCUGGCUGAGACAAGUCUACCUCGAACAAUUCAAACACCACAUGCACCACAGCCUCCGAAUAACCCCUCCUGAGCUGAUGCAAAAGGCAGGACUCACAGCUCUAGUUUUGUGCUAUCCUGAGUAUCUCUAACACCCAUGAGGUUAAUAUUAUCUACCUGGGAGUUAAAAAAAAAAAUUAGGAUCCUAAGGAGAAAGCAAGCAAGAAUGGAGCUGUAUUCACACUGAACUUGGGGGUCAAGCCACUUCCCCCACCCUAGCUCUUUCCCAGCCUUUCAGGAAUCUUCCCAAAGUGUAUUAAUUUUAUACAGAAGACACUGCCUUAUAAUCAAAGGCUUCUGCAGUUUGUAUGUUUAUCCUUCUUUAACAGGUCUGGAAACCAAAGUCAAAUUUCUGUCUGGUCUUUUGUGUCAUCCCUCUUGGCAAAAGAAGUAUUUGAAACUGUAGACAAUGCUGAGUAACGGAAGAGUAUUAAUGUGCUUGACAUCCAAGACUGAAAUGCCAUGUUCAUGUUUGUCAAUAAAAAGCAACUGUCUGUAAACCAG